AUGUUGGACAUGUUUUCUGGAUCUGAACCUGGAUCUGGACCUGGAUCUGGACCCAGCUGUGUGUCCAUGAAGAGUGACUGUUCUAUGGGUCACCCUCUUACCUUUAAAGGGGAUCAACCUGCUGAUGGAAGGAUGCAGCAGCAGAGAUCUGGACCUGGAUCUGGACCUGGACCUGAAUCUGGACCCAGCUGUGUGUCCAUGAAGAGUGACUGUUCUAUGGGUCACCCUCUUACCUUUAAAGGGGAUCAACCUGCUGAUGGAAGAGUUCAGCAGGAGAGCUCAGAGGUUCCCAGUGAUCAGUCUGCCCCGCAGCAUCAAACAGACCUGGACUCCAUAUUUAUGCUGCUGGAGGAGAACAUCGGCACCUUUGUGAAGAACGAGCUGAAGAAGAUCCAGAAGGCUCUGAGUCCAGAUUACCCAGAAUGCUUAGAGAGUCAGAGGGAAGAUGAGGAGGUGUUGGACGAUGAGGAUGAAGAGCAGAGGAGCAGCUGAGAAGCAUUUCUGAACAUCACACUGCACUUCCUGAGGAGCAUGAAGCAGGAGCAGCUGGUUGACCGUCUGCAGAGCAGAACUGUUGCUGCAGAGUGUCGUGGUAAACUCAAGUCCAACCUGAAGGAGAAGUUCCAGUGUGUGUUUGAGGGCAUUGCAAAAGCAGGAAACCGAACCCUCCUGAACCAGAUCUACACAGAGCUCUACAUCACAGAGGGGGGGGCUGCAGAGGUCAAUGAUGAACAUGAGGUCAGACAGAUUGAAACAGCAGCCAGGAAACCAUACAGACCAGAGACAACAAUCAGACAAGAAGACAUCUUUAAACCCCAACCUGGUAGAGAUGAACCAAUCAGAGCAGUGAUGACAAAGGGAGAGGCUGGCAUUGGGAAAACAGUCUUAACACAGAAGUUCACUCUGGACUGGGCUGAAGACAAAGCCAACCAGGACAUACAGUUCACAUUUCCCUUCACUUUCAGAGAGCUGAAUGUGCUGAAAGAGAAACAGUUCAGCUUGGUGGAGCUUGUUCAUCACUUCUUUACUGAAACCAAAGAAGCAGGAAUCUGCAGGUUUGAACAGUUCCCGGUUCUGUUCAUCUUUGAUGGUCUGGAUGAGUGUCGACUUCCUCUGGGCUUCCAACACAACGAGAUCUUGACUGAUGUUACAGAGUCCACCUCAGUGAAUGUGCUGCUGACAAACCUCAUCAGGGGGAAACUGCUUCCCUCUGCUCGCCUCUGGAUAACCACACGACCUGCAGCAGCCAAUCAGAUCCCUCCUGAGAGUGUGGAUAUGGUGACAGAGGUCAGAGGGUUCACUGACCCACAGAAGGAGGAGUACUUCAGGAAGAGAUUCAGAGAUGAGAAGCAGGCCGGCACAAUCCUCUCCCACAUCAAGACAUCACGAAGCCUCCAAAUCAUGUGUCACGUCCCAGUCUUCUGCUGGAUCACCGCUACAGUUCUGGAGGAUGUGUUGAAGACCAGAGAGGGAGGAGAGCUGCCCAAGACCCUGACUGAGCUGUACAUCCACUUCCUGGUGGUUCUGUCCAAAGUGAAGAAUGUCAAGUAUGAUGGAGGAACUGAGACAGAUCCACACUGGAGUCUAAAGAGCAGGAAGAUGAUCGAGUCUCUGAGAAAACUGGCUUUUGAGCAGCUGCAGAAAGGCAACCUGAUCUUCUAUGAAUCCGACCUGACAGAGUGUGGCAUUGAUAUCAGAGCAACCUCAGUGUACUCAGGAGUGUUCACACAGGUCUUUAGAGAGGAGAGAGGACUGUACCAGGACAAGGUGUUCUGCUUCGUCCAUCUGAGCGUUCAGGAGUUUCUGGCUGCUCUUCAUGUCCAUCUGACCUUCAUCACCUCUGGUGUCAAUCUGCUGUCAGAAGAACAAACAACCUCCCAGCUGCUAACACAUCUCUACCAGAGUGCUGUGGAUGAGGCCUUACAGAGUCCAAACGGACACCUGGACUUACUCCUCCGCUUCCUCCUGGGUCUUUCACUGCAGACCAACCAGAAACACCUAUGAGGUCUGCUGACACAGACAGGAAGUAGCUCACUGACCAAUGAGAAAACAGUCCAGUACAUCAAGAAGAAGAUGGAGAAGGAUCUAGCUCCAGAGAUAAGCAUCAACCUGUUCCACUGUCUGAAUGAACUGAAUGAUUGUUCUCUUGAGGUGGAGAUCCAACAGCACCUGAGAUCAGGAAGUCUCUCCACAGAUGAACUGUCUCCUGCUCAGUGGUCAGCUCUGGUCUUCAUCUUACUGUCAUCAGGAAAAGAUCUGGAUGUGUUUGACCUGAAUAAAUACUCUGCUUCAGAGGAGGCUCUUCUGAGGCUGCUGCCAGUGGUCAAAGCCUCCAACAAAGCUCUACUGAUUGGAUGUAAGCUCUCAGAGAGAAGCUGUGAAGCUCUGUCCUCAGUUCUCAGCUCCCAGUCCUCUAGUCUGAGAGAGCUGGACCUGAGUAACAACAACCUGCAGGAUUCAGGAGUGAAGCUGCUUUCUGCUGGACUGAAGAGUCCACAUUGUACACUGGAAAGUCUCAGGUUGGUAGCGCAGCGGCUGUCGGUGCGGGAAUUUGACCUGCGGCGGGUGGUACACCGGAGGACGGGAAAACUCAAACACUGGCUCCCGCAUGUCUGCAGGGGGAACACACAACAGUCAGAGAUGUCUGCUCUUUCUUCAGAGAUGGAUUCUCAGAAUUCAAACCUGAACUGUAUCAUAUGCCUGGAGCGUUUCGAGGUCCCUGUCACCAUCCCCUGCGGUCACACCUUCUGUCAAAAGUGCAUCACCCUCCACUGGGACACCAAGAAAGAGUCUGACAUCGGACCUCAUUGCCCGAUCUGCAAUGAGAAGUUUUCCACCAGACCGAUUCUCAAGCGCAACGUGUCCAUGUCGGUGUUGACGGAGGCGGCAAACAGCUCCUCCUGUCGGGAGACUUCCGUGAGGGGGAGCGAAGGGACCACAGCCAUGCUGCUGUGCGACCGCCAUAAAAAGCCUCUGGUUUAUUACUGCAGGCAGGACAAGAUGUCUGUGUGCUGCGAGUGUGGCAUCUCUGAAUGUGUGAACCACGAGAAGGUCUUGUUGGGGACCGAAAGGGAAAAUCAAGAGAUGCUGCUGAAAAGGAAGAGUAAGGAGGUGGAGAAACUCACUGAGGAGACGCAGAAAAGUAUAAGUGAUUUGGCUGAUAAUAUCAGUCAAGCUAAGGUGACGCUUGAGCAGACGUCCUCCUGGGUCAACACCAAGUUCUCCACGCUGAUUAAAAUCCUGUCUGAGAAGCAGGAGGCCGCGGAGCUUUUCAUCGAGGAGCAGAGAGAAGCCGCCAUCGCCGAGGCGGAGGCUCGUCUGGCUGACCUGGAGGAGCGCUGCCAGGAGCUCCGAGAGAGCCAGGGAGAGAUCGCCGCUGUGCUUAACCUCUCCGAUACAGAUCUCAUCAAGGAAUCAACGGUCAUAGAAGUUCCACGUUUCAAAGAUAUUCCCACGGACGUAACUCCAAACCUUCUGGAACGAUUAAACGGCGUCACGGACGUUCUGUCCCGAGUCUCCAAGCUGGUGUCGGAGGACCUCGACAAGGCCGUGAGCACCGCCGUGGGUCCGGACAAAGACGGUUCUCCUCCGGAUAAGAGGCCGGUCCUGGCCGUGGUUCCCAGUCCAGCGGCUCCGUGCCACCCGGGGGGGAAGGAGGGCCUCAGUGCUUACCGAUGCGCUCUGACCUUUGACCCUCGCACGGCCAACGGUCACCUGUCUCUGUCCCAGGAGAACCGCAGGGCGGAGCACCUGACCUCCGGGCCUCGCCCCGUCCCCGUCCACGAAGCCCGCUUCGAUCACACCUGGCAGGUGCUCUGCUUUCAGGGCUUCACCCACGGACAGCACUACUGGGAGCUGGAGCUGUCCAAGCCCUGGGCGUACCUCGGGGUGACCUACGAGACCAUCCCCAGGAAGGAGAAGGGGAAGAGGUGCAUGGUGGGUAUGAACGAACUGUCCUGGAGCCUGCAGCUGGACGAGCAUCAGAUCUGCGCCUGGCACAACGGCCGGCGGGAGAUUCUGCUCGGCCCCUCCCAGCACAGCCGCAUCGGCAUGCUGCUGGACUACGAGGCGGGGACGCUCACGUACUACGGAGACGGGCAGACGAGGCUGCACGCCUUCCACUGUGCCUUCAGCCGGGAGCUGUUCCCCGCCUGCUGGAUAGGAGAGGGGGUCAGCAUCACCCUCUGCUCCACAUGAGCCCACUCAGAAAUAGGAAGCACUAUCAAACAUGGGCACUAGAGGACCCCCCCCCCCCCCCUUCAACAUUUAGGAGGGUUUUAAAAAGUCUGUGUUGUCUUUACAAUGACGUUGUUUUAAGAACUGACUGUCUUCCCGGCGCUCUCCACCGAGAAACACCUGAGACACGGAACUACAAACGCAUCGCUAGCAUGCGUUGUUUUCCUUUGGUGCGCAUGUGAGCAGCGAGCAAAUGAAAACGCACUCUGAUUGGAGCGCGAGGCGUUUCUGAAUCGUCUGUAGUGACGCGCCUCGAUGGGACGAGGGUUUCAUUGUAAGGACACUAAAUCCUUCUGGUUUGUUUUAGUUUUCUUUCUUCAAAUUAUGCUUGAAAUAAUCCUCGAUUUUUAGAAAAGAUGGAACUUCACCGUCAGAUUACUGAACCGUCAGAUUACUGAACCGUCAGAUUACUGAACCGCCAGAUUACUGAACCGCCAGAUUACUGAACCGCCAGAUUACUGAACCGCCACCACACAAACUGGAGUUUAUUACGGCGGGCAGAUAACUCAUUGAUCCGAAGGUCAUGCUGCUGUAAGCUGACGUGUAUCAUUGUGUCGAGACUUCUCUUGCACUAUUUUCCUUGACCCUGAAGUGUUGAGUGAGUUCCAUUUGGCUGGUCUUACACACACACACACACACACACACACACACACACAACCUUGAAAGUGUUGCACGUAUGUCAGGUGUUACUGUGCCUGACAGCUGUCUGAUGUUUUGGGAGAUCUGCUUAUUUGCUUUCUCGCCGAGCGUCAUGUCUGUACGGUGAAUACGAAGCCGGUCGGUUAGCCUAGCUUAGCAUAAACAGCUUUCGUACAAAGUCUUGAAAGUUUGGAACUGUUUUCAAGGUUGAAUUCUAAUACACUCGAAAAAUGCUUAAUUUUCAGGCGUUCGGUAGCUCACCUGCUGAAGUGACACGGGUUCAAAUCCCAUUUACAGCCCAAAAAAAUCAUCUUUAUUAAGUAAAUAACAAAACAAAGCUUUGAUCUGGUGUUUCACUCACAACAACAACAAAUCUUUAAUAUUUGAAAUGAAACAAUCCCGUCGUCUUAUGUUUGUUGUCUCCGCGUGAAAGAAUCGUAAACAAAAUAAAUAAUUUAUUGAUACAGACACCUUAAAAGUGCUUGAAUCGUACUCUUCUAAAGCUGUACGAACCCUGCAUUAAUAUGUAACCUUCCAUAAAACUACACAUUUUCAUUUUCUCAUAGAGUUGCUGGUUGGAGACUUUUAUUCUAAGAUGAGCUUCAUGUUGAGCGAACAAACAUGGCGUUGUCUUCUCUCUGCAAGAAAGUGAAGAAGCUCAUUUCCUCCGGGGAUCAGAGCCUCGAACUGGCCUCUUGUCUUUUUUAAUCAAGUCUGCUCCUCUAAUGUAGAGAUGGAAUAGAUGCACAUAUAAGAAGUCAGAGCAGAACAUAUAAGGAAGGGACCGAAGCUGUGAAAAGCCAUGUGUUGACCUUUUCCUUCAGGCUUCCCGCAGAUCCUUCAAAGGUCUUCAUUAAUUAACUGUAAGGCCUUAAUUGGUAUUAAAAUGCUAAAACAAGGGGAAAUAAUUGGUAACAUCUUUGUUUUUAAUAAUCCCUCUCGCAUGGACGUCGCACGGAUCCGGAAAGGAUGCGUACAAUUGGUCUUACGUUUUAUUUUAAAAGUCUUAAAUCUCGAGGCACUUUGUUCUCCCUUAACCUUCGUAGCUUCUGAGCGGGAUGUAAUCCCCAGAGUGGUGCGUUCAGGACACUGCAGGUUUAGUCAUCUUAAAUCUACAAUCAGCGAUGUGGGCUGUACAUUACUACUGAGAAGACACAAUGUUUUUUAUCAUGAAUGCACAAACGAACCUGCGAUGAGUCUGCUGUACUGUACAGAUGUUUUUAACGGGCUUUUGACCGUUUUGUUUUGUUUUUUUAAAUCAUGUUUGUCUUUGGGGAAUCUGCUGUGGAUUUGCACAAUCUGUCCGGACGAGGACGACGGCCUCUGAGAAGGGAAAAGCACAUUUCUGGCUGUUUGAGCCUCAAGACAUCGAACAUAACCCUCCUGCUGGAAUGUUUGAGUAUGAAAAUGCACUAUAGCAGUGGUUCCCAACCGUUUUUAUUAAAGGACCCCUUUUCUAUCAUUGAAUAAACUUGCAACCCCGACUGACAUGUUAUUAUAUUCAAGGCUUAACAACAACCAACUGAUAAAACAUAGUGAAUCAACAUCUGCAGGAAGUUUGUGUAAAACCAGCAAUUUGCUGAAUCUCGCAGAUUUCCUGUGAAUCCUCCAUAAAAACACUUUCUCUUAUUUUUUAGGAACUUUUAAUAAAUUCUCUGUAUUUUAUUUUGUAAACUAUUAUACAUUCUUUGACAUUCAGUGUUUUCUUGUCCCUGGCGCUUUAAAAACAACGUCACUUAGUUUUCUUCACAAAUGAAUGAAACCCUGAUCUAAGCCUCACGACCCCGGCGUGAAGCUUUGGCGACCCCCGUUUAGCGUCUGGACCCCCCAGGUUGGAAACCUCUGCUCUAAUGCUCGUGUUUAAAGUGGAAUACUUGGAACAGAAAAAUAAAGACAAAGACAGUUGUGUCACAUGAAUCAAGAUCCAUUUAAUAAAAUCCAAUGCAUACAUGCAUUAGUUGAGAUCAUGCGUUUGUUUUUGAGCCAUUUUACAUGAAUUAUUCAAUAAAUUAGUUUGAAAUAAAUUCAGAGCUUUAAUAUUAUAAUUAUUAUAAUACACACAGCCAUGACGGAGCAAACAGGAGCCCGAUGCAUAGCAUUCAGAAAGUGCAAAGAGCCACGGAUGUGCCACAGAUACAGUUUAUAGAUAAGUGAGUACAGAGGAAGGAAGAGGCUCCGAUACUGAGGGCAUCAGAUUCAAACACUGACCUCGGAGUUAAGAUCGCAACCACACAAAGAAAAUGUUCGUGUUUGUUUCCAUGUUAGAAAUGUAGGAGAAUGAAAAGGUGACGUCGUUGUUUUCACCAAGGGAUGUCACGAAGUACCGCCAGGGCUCGAGACUAACGCCGUCAGACGGACGCAGUUAACUCACUAUAGACGCAACUGUAGUUAACGUUAGCUAGUUAACGUUAGCUAGUUAAUGUUAGCGUUAGCCGUUAGCCGGUGAUCGGAGGUUCCAGAGUUGUAAAAAUGUGUUUUGGUGUGAAGGGAAAUUAUAACGUUAUCAUGAUGUGUUCAACGUAGUCUUGUUAAAUUUAGUUUUUGGCGAGAAACUUGAAUAAAUGAAGUUUUCACAGCAAUAUAAAACAGAUAUUAGAGGGAAGUAUAUAUAUAUAUAUAUAUAUGUUUAACUUCAGAACAAAAGACAGUAUGCAAACGGUAAUAAGUAGAGGGGAUUUUAUUUUACCGUGGCAUCGAGAAUCGUAGAAUUAAACUGGUAUCGACGACUAAAUGUCUGGUCAUGUGACAUCCCUAGUUCAGAGGCAUGAUGACAAACAGGAAGUGGCUGCUCUGUACUUGCACAUUUACAAAGAUAAUCCCUCCUCUGCUCUAAUCCAGGAUCAGGGGAUUCAGUGCGGGGGCUCGACGCUGCUCUAAUCUUCGUGGUCCACCAAAAUCAUCCAGUAAAACAUUUCAAAGCAAUCUGCUCUCUUUACAAAAGCUAGGUUAG